CGUGGCCCCGCCCCGUAACCGGCACUUGGCUACCAGUGAGGAGAUGGAGGAGGAGUGAGAGCCGCUUGGCAGAGGGACAUGGGGCGACAUAGAGAAAGGACACCGCACAGCUGAUCAUCUGUUACCAUGGCGGCCCUGCUACUGAGAGGAGGCCUGAGCCGAGGGCCUGUACUGCGAGGAGACGGAGUGAGGGGUCUCUUUACUGAACGUGUAUGUCUUGGAUGCACUUCUCUACGGUUGGUGAAUCACAGGAGUUCUCAUAUUCGAAAUUGCACUGCUGCCCACCCGGUUUACAUUUCAUUAAGAGACAGGAGUAAUGCCUGUUCAUGGACUAAUAGACCCGAAAGAACAUAUUACAAAGUCCACAGUCCUUCGCCUGCAUGGAGUGUCUUGUCCGGAAGUGGCUCUCUGGCCUCCCAGUACCUGUCUGUCAGAAGUCUUCACUCUUCAAGACCACUUUUUGAUGACUCUGUGGUUGAGAAAUCCUUGAAAUCUUUGAAGGACAAAAAGAAAAAGCUGGAAGAAGGUGGCCCAGUCUAUAGUCCAUCCACAGAGGUGGAUACUGUAAAGAAGUCUUUGAGACAGAAGGUUGUAGAUGAGUUAAAGCACUACUAUCAUGGCUUCCGCCUUCUGUGGAUCGAUACCAAAAUUGCUGCAAGGAUGAUGUGGCAGAUUCUGAAUGGAGCUAUCCUGUCUCGAAGGGAAAGGAGGCAGUUCCUGAGGAUAUGCGCUGACCUCUUCCGACUGGUUCCCUUCCUUGUCUUCGUCAUUGUCCCCUUCAUGGAGUUUCUUCUGCCAGUUGCACUGAAGCUGUUUCCAGAAAUGCUGCCUUCCACAUUUGAGACCACUUCUAAGAAGGAUGAGCGAUUGAAGAAGGAGCUGAGAGUGAAGCUGGAAGUGGCCAAGUUCUUGCAGGAUACCAUUGAGGAGAUGGCACUGCGGAACAAAGCUGCCAAAGGCGAUGUGACCAUCGAAUUUUCCUCUUUUUUCCAGAAGAUCCGUAGCUCUGGAGAAAGGCCAAGCAAUGAAGAGAUUCUGCGGUUCUCCAAGCUGUUUGAGGAUGAACUGACUCUCGAUAACCUGACUAGGCCACAGCUUGUAGCUCUGUGUAAACUUUUAGAACUCCAGUCUAUUGGGACAAACAACUUUUUGCGUUUUCAGCUCACCAUGAAGCUGCGAUCCAUUAAAGCCGAUGACAAGCUUAUUGCAGAUGAAGGCGUGGACACGCUGAAUGUAAAAGAGCUACAAGCGGCAUGUCGUGCCAGAGGAAUGAGAGCGCUCGGCGUCACAGAAGAACGGUUACGAGACCAGCUGAAGCAGUGGUUGGAACUACAUUUGAAUCAGCAAAUCCCCACAUCAUUACUUCUAUUGUCCAGAGCUUUGUAUCUCCCUGAAACACUCUCCCCAGCUGAUCAGCUCAAAACAACUCUGCAGACUUUACCCGAAAGCAUGGCUAAAGAGGCCCAGGUGAAAGUGGCAGAAGUAGAGGGCGAAAAGGUGGAUAACAAGACCAAGCUGGAAGCAACUUUGCAGGAGGAGGAGGCGAUUAGGAAGGAGAAGGAGAUGGACAGGUUGGCUGAGGUUGCCAAGGAAAGCUUACAGACCGCAGCCAAGGCGGAGGCACAGGCAGCUGCUGAACUGGAACCUGCACAGGUGGCUUCAGCAUCCGGGCCAGAAGUGGCACCAAGUGCAGCUGACCAAGCUGAAGUGUUAAUGGAUGCUGCUCCUGUGUUGGAGGGCAUUAAGGGUGAAGAGUUGACAAAGGAGGAAAUUGACAUUUUGAGUGAUGCCUGCACUAAGCUGAUGGAUCAGAAGAAGUUACUGACAAAGGAGAAGGAAGAACUCCUAGAGCUGAAGGAUGAUGUUCAGGAGUACAGUGAGGAUUUGGAGGAAAUGAAGAAGGAACUUUCAAAGACCGGGGAAGACCAGGUGGUUGAAGAAUCAAAGGCCAGUAAGAGAUUAACCAAGAGGGUUAAUCGUAUGAUUAAUCAGAUCGAUAAGAUCAUCGUUGAACUGGAUAAUGAGGACCGGGUACUAGAUGAGCAUGCACCAAGUGGUGUUGCCCCACCUGUAGGAUUAUAUUUCGCCUUUAGGGAAAAUCUAGUCAGCAUUUCUGAACUCGUCAACCUCAUGAGGCACAUUCAAAAGAUCCCUGAACAGAAGCUGCUGAGGAUUGCUGCAGCCCUGGACGAGAACAAGGAUGGAAAGAUCGACCUGGAUGAUGUGGCAAAGGUUGUGGAACUGAUUGACAAGGAAGAUAUCAACAUUUCCACCAAACAGGUAGCAGAGAUCAUGGAGCUCCUACAGAAGGAGGAGAAGCUGGUGGAGAAGGAGAAAGCCAAAGAGAAGGCGGAGAAGGAGCAGAUGGCUGAAGUACAGAAUUAAACACCCCAAACCUAUUUCUCAUAACAUUCAAAACGCUGCUACCUUGUUCUAAGGUUCUUUUGCUUUUGAGGUGACUCCCUUGUCGAGCCACAUAUUCACGACAACCAUAUGUGGUGAAAUAAAGGCUUUGUUUAAGUCAGCUGCCAUCAUUCCAUCAGCAUCCGGCUACGUUUUAUUUUUAAAGAUAUCUUGUUUGAAUGAAAACCUGAAGAUGAAUUGUAAAAUCAUAUAGCACAAUAUUAUUUUUAUUUUUGUACUAUGAUCCCUCCAUUUUGGUUUAGUUUCAGAAUGUUGGCAGAGUAAAUGUUUAUGGCUUAUUCUGCAAACAUUUUGGAUUUUAAACCUUUUUUUUUUUUUUUUUUUGUAAAGGGUUUUGAAGUCUAAAUGUCGAGUAGACUCAUGCUUCAGGGCAAUACAUAGUGGCAGGUUGGGACUCCCCCCCCAUAUUGGCCUUGUCAGGAUUAUUCUCUUGUAAAUUAAACAAAGUGAUCUUUACAAGCACUGCAUACUUUAAGGGCAUUUUUUUAUAUUCCUGUCGUACUCAUUCCUGGAAAAAGCCAGAAUCGGGUAAGAAGGUGCUGAAUUAACAGCCAGGUGGUUAAAGUGGAACUCCAGGCUCCUGCAGAAAAUAUUAAUAGUUGGCAGCUACAAAUACUGUUUAUUAGGACACUUGCCUGUUGGGGAAUCCAGUGAUGUCUUCACCCAAGCCGAUUUUGAAUCAGGUGCUGCCGCCAUCUCCGCUAAGGGAAACCGGCAAUGAAGCUUUGCGGCUCUUCAGAGCCAGUUCGCUACUACACAUGCAGGAAGCACACUGAGCUCUCUAUUUUUUUUUUUUUUUGCUGCGGGGGAAGGAGGCGAGAGGCCGAACUUCUGGCUGAGGUACCCGCUUCCCCCAAAUGUGGCAGCGGAGGGGUUGAGGAGGCAGAUGAGCAGAGCUUCCCAUUUAGGGUGGAGCUCCACUUUAAUUGGUAUCACAGAUUAGAACAUAUGUCACAAGCACACUAUGGAUCCGUAACAUAUACUCCAAACAUUUAUUGAAGCGAUCGACUAACAAGAUGUGCAAGUGCAACUUCAUCAGGCAAAGGGGCCCUGUAUGCCCCCAACAUUGCGUUUGUGAUAUGAUUGCUUCAAUAAAAAUUUGAACUAUGUUUUUGGAUCCAUGGUGUUUUCUCUUCUUGGUGUGUGAAAAAUAACCCUCUACCCGAUUGAUCACCCUGAUAAUUGGGUUUACAUAAUUAUCAAUGAGCUGCUGCACUUGCAGGGAUUUAAUGAAGAAAGUGGCAGGAUCUGCAUCCCUUUAGACAUGUUUUUCCCUUUUUUGAGAGUAUCUCACCAAAAAUUAUAUUUUUGUUGUAGGAGAUGCCUAAAAUCUGACUUGUAUCUUAGUGCAGACUUCUGGGGAAAAUAGUGAACCAAUCACACAGCGGUGAGGUCCUGCCGCUGUUUUCAUAGCUCUAAAGCAUUGGUAGCCCUGAAAGAGUUGACGCCUCCCCAGCUGUGCAGGCAGAUACAUCCCCUGGAGCCUUGCAGCAUGUGACUGUUUGAAAAAAAGUAAAACAAAAAAAAAACUGUAAUUAUAAGAGCAGUUGGAAGGCAAUGUUUUAACAGGUAUGUGACUGCUUUGCCUUUCCUUCUACUCCAACAAAACCCUUUAGCUUUUUAACUGCUAGUAUGGUAGAACAUAAUUAGCUGGAGUGGUUCUGCUGCAUUACCAGAUUCUGCCUCUGGUGGUGCUGCUGAGUAACUCUGAAAAUAUAGACCCUAGGCCAGGUAAAACGGGAGCUGUGGGAGAAUGGACCUGCCUUAUUGCUAUAAAGAGUGGUUGGAAGCAGUAUUCCACUUUAUAUUUAGAAUGGAAAACCCUUAUAUUUAACAGCUUUGCUGUUUUGUGUUGUAUUUUGGCAUUAUUUUUUUUUUUUUUUAUAUUUGAUGCUUAAUUUAAUUUCACAAUACUGCCUUGCAGGCAGAGAAUGUAUUACUGUGGUUUAUGCUUUUUGUAAGAUUGCCUUCUUACCUAGAGUAGGAAAGUACUUGUUUAUCUGAGAAAGUUCUGUGGUGCUUUGCAUAAUUAAACAUUGGGAAUGUAUUUUAUUUCUAAACAUUUUAAUCUAGUAACGCCUUUUGACUCAUUCAUAGAGAGUCGUGGGUCCAAUCCUUCAUUACAUUGGAUGCACCUUCCCCCAGUACUAAGCUUCUUAUACUGAAUGUAAAAAUUGGAAAUAUGUAAUGUAUUUGACAUUUUGACAAGUAUGUAAGUACAAAUUUUAUUUAUGAGACUGAAUUUUUCUUGAUCUAAAAUUGCAGAUUCUGUCAGCUGAUUAAUAAUAAAAAUGUGUAAACUUA